UUUCUCCUUGGAGCAUCAUCAGCAUCUGGUCACUCCAGCAUGAAUCAUUCGGCGAUGGAGCAGAACAAUACCCUCGAGAAUUCAAAUCUUCGCGAUGCUCGAAACGAGAAGGAUGAUUUGUCCUCCAAUGGAAAGCAAUCCUCCCCACCCGUAUACCCCAACGAUUAUGACCAGCAAACUGGAGAGACAUUCGAUCCGUAUGGAGGAAAGAAACUUGGCAUGGUUCGAACGGCUUUGAUCUUCUUCACGAACCAGGUCGGAAUCGGUAUCCUCAGUCUUCCUUCCAUGUUGCACACGAUCGGCUUGAUCCCGGGUAUCAUCACAAUUAUUGCCAUGGGUGUGCUCGCUACUUACACGGCAUAUAUCUUGAUCCAAUUCUACCGCCGUUACCCGAUGAUCCGAGACGUUGUCGAUGUUGGCCGAAUCAUGGGUGGGAAACCACUGGAGAUCAUCGUCGGAAUCGCACACGUGCUCAACUUGUGCCUGAUCUGCGCCUCCGCAAACGUCACUCUAUCGAUCGCUCUCAACACCAUCACUGAGCAUGCUCUUUGUACCGUCGGUUUUAUCGGAAUUCCCAUGGUCAUGUGCUGGAUCUUAUGCAUGCCUCGCAGCUUGAACUUUGCCGGUUGGUUCGGCAUUCCGGCUACGAUUAGUAUCUUCACUGCGGUCUUCAUCGUCAUCAUUGCUCUGGCAGUCGGUGGACCCGAUUAUAAUGGUACCGUGAACGGUGGUACAGGUUACUGGGGCGAGCCGCCUAAUGAACCAUUGAAGAUGCGUCUUGGUCCUAAUCCAGGAGCAACUAUGAAUCAACAGUUCGAAUCUGUUCUCAACGUCGCCUUCGCCUACGCUGGAAAUCAAGCAUUCAUCACUGUCAUGUGUGAGAUGAGGAACCCGAGCAAAGAUUACACCCCAGCCAUUAUCUGGCUCAACGCGAUCGGAGUUCCAAUGUACGUUAUUGUCGCGUGCGUAGUCUACCACCUUGCUGGUCAAUACGUUGUAUCCCCUGCAUUGGGUUCAGCUCCCGGUGUUGCCAGCAAAGUCGCAUACGGACUUCUCUUUCCUACUCUCCUUGGAUCGGGACUUGUAUUUGGUCACACCGGUAUCAAGUACAUGUACAACGUUGUCAUGGACAAGAUGAUCAAGACACGACACAAAUUGACUGACAACACCCCAAUCACAUGGGGUGUCUGGCUCGGUGUCGGUACACUGUUCUGGGUUACAUCUUUCAUCCUCGCCAACGCCAUCCCGGUUUUCGGUUCCAUCCUUGGUAUCUCCUCUGCACUUUUCGUCACAUGGUUCACUUUCGGUAUGGCGAAUGCCCAGUGGAUCUUUAUCAACUGGGGCAACCAGUUCAUCAACUGGAAGAAGACUUCUCUAGCGCUAUUUAAUUGGUUCAUGAUUCUUGCUUCUGCCUUCUUGACGGUCUUUGGCCUGUACACGUCAAUCUCUGAUCUCUCAGCAAGAAUCAACGAUCCUGACGAUCCUCUAACUGUAUUUACCUGCGCCAACAAUGCUCUCUUCUGA